AUGUUUGCAAUUGUCGAAGGACUUGCUGAUGGUGGCGUCAAAAUGGGUAUGCCGCGUAAUUUGGCCAUCAAACUUGCCGCAUACACACUGAUCGGUGCCGCGAAAAUGGUACUCGAAAGCGGGAAGCAUCCGGCCGAACUGAAGGAUGAUGUUCAGUCGCCAGCCGGAAGCUCAAUCUACGGAAUGCAUAAGCUUGAAUCGGCUGGCAUUAGGGGCUUGAUGAUGGAUGCUGUUGAAGCAGCUUCGCUGCGAUCCCGGGAUACCGGUGACAGAGGUGUUAGCUCCAAAAAUGCAAUUUUUCGAGGAAGCGAACUAUGA